AUGGAAAUUGUAAAAAAGGAAAUUUUAAAGUGGCUAGCUGCUGAUAUUAUUUAUCCUAUUUCAAAUAGCAAAUGGGUUAGUCCUACACAAGUAGUGCCAAAAAAAUCAGGGAUCACAGUUAUAAAAAACGAAAAUGGGGAUGAAAUACAAACAAGAUUAACUACCGGUUGGAGAGUUUGCAUUGAUUAUAGAAAAUUAAAUUUAGUUACUAGAAAAAAUCAUUUUCCCCUACCAUUUACUGAUCAAAUUCUAGAAAAAUUAGCUGGAAAAAACUUUUUUUGUUUUCUGGAUAGAUACUCUAGUUAUAAUCAAAUUUAUAUAAACCCUUUAGAUCAAGAAAAAACAACUUUCACUUGUCCAUUUGGUACUUUUGCUUUUAAACGCAUGCCUUUUGGUCUGUGUAAUGCUCCAGCCACAUUUCAAAGAUGUAUGAUGUCUAUUUUUUCUGAUAUGAUUGGAAAAUGCAUGGAAAUUUUUAUGGACGAUUUUUCUGUUUUUGGCGAAUCAUUUGAUGAAUGCUUAAAUCAUUUACAGCAUGUACUUGAGAAAUGCAUAGAGAAAAAAUUAGUUUUGAGUUGGGAGAAAUCACAUUUUAUGGUUAAAGAGGGAGUUGUGUUGGGUCAUAUUGUGAGUAAAAUGGGUUUAGAGGUGGAUAGAGCAAAAAUUGAUAUUAUAUCUAAAAUGAAACCUCCAAAUUCAAUAAAACAGAUUAGAUCUUUCUAG